UGAGUGCGCUCUAGGGAAUAUUUUCCUAAUAGAUAUUGUAGACUAGUCUACAUACAUAGGCUAUUCUGAUAAAAUGCGGUGAGCGAGGGUCCUGGAAUAGUUUGUUUUGUGUGCUUGACACCGGUGUUUCUUAGCCCUAGGGCGUGCAUUGUGGGCAAAGGAAGAGUUUGAGGGCUCUAAUAUCUCACUGCGCGUGGGAAAAAGUGGUGCAGACCAAAGCAGUGUAGCCUACGUGGAACACGAUCGUUGCAGCGCCAUCAUGUUGAAACACAGCAGUGUAAAGUCGCGUUGUGCAUCGGUAAUCCGCUCAAAUGUCACGAUGCAGCAGGAGUUGACCGAUCGGGCCUAAUCCAUGCAAAUUGUUUGACCGUAUCGAGCAGAGGGACCAGUAGGAUAAAGAUGGUGAAGCGGAAUGUUACGCGAUCGACCAGUUCCUAGUCAUGAACAGAGCAGACGUCAUUGAGGUUCUUGAGAGAGCAGCCAAGGAAGGGAAGAAGUCCAUUUGAGCAGCAGCAAGGGAUGAAAAACAUCUACUGAAUGACACUGAAGAGGCAGUGCUGUGAGUGGUGUCUCCUAGGAGACGGAAGGACCAUGUUCUAAAGGUAAACAGACCACAGCAGAGGGAUGAGCUACAAGCAGCAGGGGGAGGGGCUAGGUGAUGCUGUCUUGGAGGAGCAUAAGGCUUCACCUGCUUCCAGAAACCGGCAGCCCAAUGGCACAGCAAGAGAAGGGGGGGGAGAAGGAGAAGGGGUCCCUGUCCGGAGAAGUUGGAGACCCUGCCAAAUGAUCGGUCAGGAUGGGCAGGGUCAUCACCACCACCAUCAUCCUCCUAUUCCGCACCAAGGCUCGGGCCGCGGCCCUGCACGGCACCGUAGGCGAACUCCCUCAGGGCAGGGCCCAUCCAGACAGUGGGAGGGAGCAGACAUGGAUCCUCCUCGCCACACCCAGCCGCCCCGCCCUGGCGUGGCCCACUACCGCCGCCAGGGAGAGCCCAGGGUCAGAGUUCACAGACAGAGACCGCCGACGAGAGACGGCCAAGACACCCACGCCCCGCCGUUUCAACAGCAACGGUCAUCUGGCACUCCCCUGACGGAACAGAGGGACAUGACUGGUCCCGCAACAAUGAAGCAGCAGCACCCCCCACACUCCUGUCCACCCCACCACACACAGAACAGUGGAGCACCUGACCUUACUGCUGGUACCUCUCCUACCCCCACACACCACAUACCAUGUCCUACUGCCCCUGAUCCCCCUUCCCAAGACCUGCAUCCACCCCUUCCCAACAUAGAGUCUCCCCAACCUGAGGAGGAAGAGGUGGAUGGGUACAGCUCAUCCAUAACGCAGUCUGUUAGUACUCAAAGUGGAUUUGACAACCAGACAGACCUAGAGAACCAGAGGGAGGGGGGCCGUGGAGAGGGGGAGCUAAAAGAGACAGGUCUGGGAGAAGAAGACAGAAACGAGAGGGGUCUGGUAGAGGACGACCAGGAAGAUGGAACUAAUGAGUACUGUUCUGACACUGAGAGUGCUGCCUCGCUAAGCAUGGAGGCUCCGCCCAAGAGUUCACCUCCUCACCAAUCACCAUUCUUGCCCCCUCCACUUCAGUCUGAGAACUCGGACCAAUGUAGUGACGAGUUUAGCCCAAGCCCCACCUAUGAAAAUGACAUAAUGCCUGAUGAGAGCUGCACUGAUUCCCCACUGUCCCACCCCAAAUCCUUCACCUUCAGAGACUCGUAUCCUAAGACCUAUGCAGAAUUUUAUAAUGAGUCCUACCCACAGUCAGAAUCUAUCACAGAGUCCUACACAGAGCCCUACGCAAAAUCCUACCCUCAGUCUUUCCCUGAACCCUUGAAAUGGAUUAAUUAUCCAGACGGGAGAUCUGAGGCUGACCCUGAUGAGCCAUAUUCAGAACCUCACCCAGGGCCCUACAGCCGUAGACAGAGGGAGCAUUUUUAUAAGGGAGCUACAGACACUGAGCCCCAACCCCGUGACUCCUGGCCAGGUAGGGAUGUGGGGUUACCACAGACCAGCCCCCAUUGGCAGGGACGCUCAGUCGGCUUAAGACUACACCACUACGAUGACACUACGUCUGACGGGGAGAGCGACAGCCUCAAAGAAAGCCCCAGAUCCCAAAGCCUGGGGCCACCUCCCUGGAACGUGCAAGGUGAAGCCCAGUCAGAGCGUCCCAGCUCUGGGCAGCCUGGUUCAGGUGAGUUCCAGGAUGAGCAGGCCGGGAUGGAGCUCCGACCUCCUGUGGAAGGCCUUUCAGAGGACAGUGUCACAGGCUCAGGGGAUGCUAUCUCUCUGGCCAUCAGGGACAUCCGAGAGGCCAUAGAGGAGGUGAAGACUAAGACGGUGCGCUCGCCCUACACUCCUGACCAGCCCAUAGAGCCUGUGUGGGUGAUGAGACCGGAGGUCAGUCCUAAUGAGGACGAGUCCUCCCCAGAGCAGCCACCGGGAGGCGACCCUGUCUCUCAGUCUCCUUCACACUAUAACCCAGUUCCAGCCCCAGUCUGUGUUCCAGUACCAGCUCCAGCCCCAUCCCGAGUUCCAUCCCGAGUUCUGGUGCCAGUCCCAGAGCAUGUCUGUCCUGUGAGGGCAGAGUCCUCCAGAACACACCAGGUUCAGCAGAGGGAGCAUAGAGAACAGAGGGAACCGCCUAGGCCACCAUCCAUUGAGGAGAUCCAGAGGCAUAUGCCGUCCUUCCCUACAUACGUGGAAGUCCCAGGGCCAUGUGACCCAGAGGACCUGAUCGAUGGCAUCAUUUUUGCGGCCAGCUACCUGGGCUCCACCCACCUGCUGUCAGAGAGGACUCCCACUAAGAGUGCCCGCAUGCAGCAGGCCCAGGAGGCUAUGAGUCGUGUCAGGACCACACAAAAGCAAUCUAAUAACAGAAAGAAGACUGGGGGUGAGAUUCCUUCUUCCACUGAAGUGGAUCUCUUCAUGUCUACUCAGAGGAUCAAAGUGCUGAAUGCAGACACUCAGGCGUCCAUGAUGGACCUGCCACUGAGGACCAUCUCCUACAUUGCUGACAUAGGCAACAUGGUGGUGCUGAUGGCCAGGGGGAAGAUGGUACGCUCCAGGAGCGCUCAGGAACAUCUGAACCAUACAACUGACCACUCUGACCACACCAACAGCCCAGCCCGCGACGACCUCCCCCAGUACAGGAUGGUCUGCCACGUGUUUGAGUCGGAGGAUGCCCAGCUCAUAGCCCAGUCUAUUGGCCAGGCCUUCAGUGUGGCAUACCAGGAGUUCCUGCGGGCCAGUGGCAUCGACCCAGAGGACCUGAGUCAGAGGGAGUACAGCGACCUGCUCAACACUCAGGACAUGUACAACGAUGACCUCAUCCACUUUUCCAAGUCAGAGAACUGCAGAGAUGUUUACAUAGAGAAGCAGAAGGGAGAGAUGCUGGGCGUGGUCAUAGUGGAGUCAGGCUGGGGCUCUAUUCUGCCCACCGUCAUCAUCGCUAGCAUGAUGCAUUCUGGGCCUGCGGAGAAGUCUGGUCGACUCAACAUUGGUGACCAGAUCAUGACCAUCAAUGGAACCAGUCUGGUUGGACUGCCCCUCUCCACCUGCCAGAGUAUCAUCAAGGGUCUGAAGGCCCAGUCCAAGAUUAAGUUGAACAUCGUCAGGUGUCCCCCCGUCACUAUGGUGCUGAUCCGCAGACCAGACCUCCGAUACCAGCUGGGCUUCAGCGUACAGAAUGGCAUUAUCUGCAGCCUGAUGAGGGGGGGCAUUGCUGAGAGAGGGGGGGUCCGCGUCGGUCAUCGCAUCAUUGAUAUCAACAGCCAGAGUGUGGUGGCUACGCCUCAUGAGAAGAUUGUUCACGUCCUGUCUAAUGCAGUGGGAGAGAUCCACAUGAAGACGAUGCCUGCAGCCAUGUAUCGUCUACUAACUGCCCAGGAACAGCCUGUCUACAUCUGAGACUUGCUCUCGCUCCCUCCCUGGACAUAACUCCAUUCCAGUUCACAUCACUGUUUGCUUAAAGUCAAAGUAUUUUCAUGCAUCUCUGCACUGACUUGCCUUAAUCUGAACCUGUUAAACAUGAAUGACAGGUGCAUCUCUGAAGUAAAACGGCACAGAGUAAUUUACCAGGCAGAUUGAUGUUUGAUCAGUAACCAAAGAUAACUGAAUUUAAAUAUGCGUAUUGAGGAAAAACAUAGGAUCCUGAAAGACCAAAGGUAUUCCUUGCUCUAUGAAUGUACUAUAAACUGUCUCCAUGGGGGCGUGGUAACCCACAUGUGAGCUUUUCAUUGGACCAAAACCUGGUUGAAUGAACUCCCAGAAACCAUCCUGCCUGAGGCUGCAUUAGAAACACAACAACAUAGUCACCACUAUUUAUAGAAUGAACUAAGACAUGACACAAAUGAAAGUUUAAAAUAGAUUUAUUUGAGAAAGUUAACUAGACGAUAUCAGCCGCAUGAGGACCAUGAAUCAAAUAGUAAAUGCAUAGACGGGUGACACCCUGGUAAAACAAGAAUGUCCCCUCUUCAGCGCAUCUAUACUGUAUAUGCCAUAUAAAUGUGUUUUUUCCAUCACCUCA